CUCUGGCAGAAUGAGCUCUUUCCCUGUUGGCUUGCACUGCCUGGAAAGCUCCUCGCGCCCUCGGAGAGGCCAGCCUGCCGGAGAACUGCAGGAAUCUGCAACAAAAACGAUGACAGCCUGAAAUACCCCCAGUGCCAACCUCCACAUUUGUCUGUCACCUCAGACCCUGACUAGUUGACAGAGCAGCAGAAUUUCAACUCCAACAGACUCGAAUUUGUGUCUGGGCAGAGAAGCAGAGCUAAUGAGGGAAGAGAUUUUUUAAAGUGUAUUGGGUAUUUGUCAAACUUUUAUUUCUUGGCUGUGUGCAAAGAGAGGAUUCAACUGCAAUUUUGUAUCGAGGCUCUGGGUCCAGCCACCUACCUGAAGGUGAAAUCAUCAAAUGACUAUAUGGUCACAUUGUGUCUCAAAACAACCCUAGAAGGCCUAGAAAGCAUGAAGACUGUAGUUUUUCUCCUAUACAUUUUGGGAACUGCAACUGCAAUACCGACAAAUGCAAGGUUCCUGUCUAAUCAUCCAAAACCAACUGCUGAUUCCUUGAGUUCCAUCCAACAGGCUGAAGUGUUAGUAACACCUAACAACACUGCAAUCCCCAUGUUAAGGGUCGAAGAUGCAGAAAAUGAAAAGGAAAUUGCAGUGCCUGUAGAAGACCAUCCCAACCAUAAGGCUGAAAAAUCUUCAGUACUAAAGCCAAAGGAGGAAAGCCAGGACCAGUCAGCAGAUCAGGACCAGAGUUAUAGCCAAGAGCUCGGGUUACAGGAUGAAGAGGAGAGUGAAAGUGACUUAAGUGAGAAUGUGGAGUACAUACCAUCUGAAGGUACAUUGGACCCAAAAGAAGAUACGAAUGAGCCUCAAAAGAAAAAACGCCCAGAGAACAUUGAUUUCCUUGCUCCUAAUAUUAGUUCCAUUGUAGAUAUUAACCAACAAGAAAGCAUCACAAAAACAGAAAAAAAACAAGAACAACCAAUGAAUGAAUUACAUUCUCAGUUGAACAGGACCAACAAACAUAGCCAAGAUGUAAAUGAUCAAGGAAACCAAGAGCAGGAUCCAAAUAUCCCCAAUGGAGAAGAGGAAGGGGAAGAAGAGCCAGGUGAAGUCAGUACCCACAACAAUAACGAAGAAAGGGAGAGAGAAUUUCCCAAGGAGCAUUCUAAUAGCAAGGAGGAUGAAAAUAGUACCAAAUCUGAUGAUGUUUUGGAAAAGUCCAGUGAACCAACUGAAGUAAGCAAAAUGCAGAAAGAUGAAUUUGAGCAGGGUGACCAAGAACAAGAAGAGGACAGUUCCAAUGCAGAAAUGGAAGAGGAAAGUGCAUCAAAAAUUACUAAGCACAGCCAAGAUGCUGAAUGGCAGAGCCAAGAAGAAAAACCUGAAGUUACCAGCAACCAUGAGGAGAUGGAUAAAAAGACUGUUUCUGAGGCUUUGCUCGUGGAGCCUACUGGUGAUGGUAACACCAUGCCCAGAAAUCAUGGGGCUAAUGAUGAUGGUGAUGAUGAUCCCAGACACGAUGCAACUGAUGACUACGAAUUCAUCCCAAGUGAGGCCUUCUUGGAGGCUGAAAGAUCUCAGUCCAUUUUCUAUCACCUCAAAUAUGAAGAGGAAAGAGAAAGAGAAAAAGAAAGAGCACGUGAAAAUGGGAAUGUAGAUGCCAGUGAACCUGGAGAAUACCAAGGGGCCAAGAAAACAGAGAGCCUACCAAAUGAAGGUGAAAGUUCAUAUGAAGACAACAGAAUGGUACAUGGUACUGAUUCUUGCAUGAACUUCCAGUGUAAAAGAGGACACAUCUGUAAAGCUGACCAACAGGGAAAACCCCACUGUGUUUGCCAAGAUUCAGUGACUUGUCCUCCUACAAAACUCCUUGACCAAGUUUGUGGCACUGACAACCAGACCUAUGCCAGCUCCUGUCAUCUGUUUGCUACUAAAUGUAAACUGGAGGGAACCAAAAAAGGGCACCAGCUACAACUGGAUUAUUUUGGAGCCUGCAAAUCUAUUCCUAUUUGUACAGACUUUGAAGUGACUCAGUUUCCCCUAAGGAUGAGAGACUGGCUCAAGAAUAUUCUCAUGCAGCUUUAUGAGCCAAACCCUGAACACGGUGGAUAUCUAAAUGAGAAGCAGAGAAAUAAAGUCAAGAAGAUUUACCUGGAUGAAAAGAGGCUGUUGGCUGGAGACCAUUCCAUUGACCUUCUCUUACGGGACUUUAAGAAAAACUACCACAUGUAUGUGUAUCCUGUGCACUGGCAGUUUGGUGAACUUGACCAACAUCCUAUGGACAGAGUCUUAACACAUUCUGAGCUUGCUCCUUUGCGAGCAUCUCUGGUGCCCAUGGAACACUGCAUAACUCGCUUCUUUGAGGAGUGUGAUCCCAACAAAGAUAAGCACAUCACCCUGAAGGAGUGGGGCCACUGCUUUGGAAUUAAAGAAGAAGACAUAGAUGAAAAUCUCCUGUUUUGAAUUAAGAUUUGAAAGAAUUCUAACAUUCCAGCAUCCUUCUCUGUCCUGACCACUCCUGAAAAUAUAUGCAUCCAUGAUACUUGUAGAUUUAUAUUUAGCAAAACUUUUGCAUGUGUGAGAUCACAAUAAGAGUAAUGGCUUGCUGACAGUGUAUGCACUAAGCAUUUAACAUUAACUUUGGAAUUAAACUUUAAAAUAAAGUCUACAUAUGCAAAAUCCUGUAUGCUGUUUGUGAACACUUUCUACAUCUGUUUGUGAGAUACUUCCUAAUUAUGAAACUUGAAGAAAAUACUACAUUCGUUUUGUUCAUAAUAUCAUGUACACUUCAAGAAAGUGGAAUAAUGCUCUUUUGUCAUUAAUGUGCAUUAUUUUCAGUAUCUUAAUAUCCUAAUAAAAAUCCAAAUGCUUACUCAA